GCCUCCAUCGCCGCCUGUGAAAUCAAUCGUCUCUCUCUCUGGAUACAGUAGUCGACAAUGGUGAGCCAAAGGCAAAGACUUGCGCGGAAACGAUACAAGGAAGCUCACCCAGAGCAGUUUCCAAAAAAAGAACCGACGCCGCCAAAAGACCCCAAUAAGAAGAAGAAGAAGAAGAGCUUGUUCAAGCGUAAGAAACCUGGAUCUUCCACUGAUAAACCCAUGAGAAAUGGCUCCUCGACGAGGCAUCCUCUCCGAGUUCCUGGUAUGAAACCUGGGGAAGGUUGUUAUAUCUGCAAGUCCAAAACCCAUAUUGCUAAGCUCUGCCCUGAAAAAUCCGAGUGGGAGAAAAACAAGAUAUGCUUGCAAUGUAGAAGACGAGGGCAUAGUCUUAAGAAUUGCCCUGACAAAACCGACGAGAGCAGCUUCGAGAAGAAGCUCUGUUACAACUGUGGAGAUACUGGCCAUUCACUUUCUCACUGUCCUUAUCCUUUGGAAGAUGGAGGGACUAAAUUUGCAAGUUGUUUCAUAUGCAAGGAGAGUGGACACAUAAGCAAGAACUGUCCUCAAAACAAGCAUGGAGUGUACCCAAUGGGCGGGUCUUGUAAAGUUUGCGGGAGUGUGGCUCAUCUCGUCAAAGACUGCCCCGAUAAACUCAACAGAGAUUCAGCCCCUACAAAGAGUUCAAGAUUUGAUGCUACACCAAGAGGGAAACUCACUAAGUUUAGUGGGGAUGAUCUUGAGGACGAUUUCUAUGAAGAGCCUGUAAGCAGCAAGAAGAUCAAGACCUCUGAUGCUACUACACCUGAUGAUUUAGAUCAGAAGAGCAUCUCGAAGAAGAAACAAGGUCCAAAGGUUGUCAAUUUCGUAGGAUGAUUCACAAAAGUAACUCAAAGAGGAUCUAAAAGGGUCGUCAAUUUUGUAGGAAAGGUCAAAUUUUUCGUUCUUUAUAUGCAUCUAGAGUUCUUGUAAUGGACAAGUUGGUGUGUAAGAUUAAGAAAAAUGUUAUGUAAUGGAACCACACAGCCAAUUCUGUUUCAAAUUAAUUCAAGAGGAUCUAAAAGG